ACAUCACUCAAAACUUAUCUGGAACACCAUGUCCAUCCCUAUAAAAACCUCUCUCAUACUCAUCUCCACAUAUUCUGAUCCAACAGUCUUUAACACUCGAAGAUUCUCUCCUUUUCAAAUUUCAAACCUUUUCCCCCAAAACUAACAGACCCCUCUUCUUCUUCUCUCUCUGUAAUCUCAAUCGUGCAUGGGUCGUCUUCACUGAUUCGAUAAUAAAAAUCUCAGAUUCAUUCUUCGUUUUCUGUUACGAUGGAGUUGAUUUCAGGUCUACCAGAGGACGUAGCCCGAGACUGCUUAAUUAGGAUUCCCUACGAGCAAUUCCCGGCGGUUGCUUCCGUCUGCAAAGGCUGGAACACGGAGAUUCACUCGCCGGACUUUCACCGGCGUAGAAGAACCACCAAACAAGCCCAGGAAAUCCUCGUCACGGUUCAAUCCAAUAUAGACUCCGAAAAAACUCGAACCGGUUUGCUCGCGAAGUCCACCACGAACCCGGUUUACCGGCUCAGCGUAUUCGAACCGAAAACGGGUUCAUGGAGCGAGUUACCCUUGGGACCCGAACUCGCCUUCGGGUUACCCAUGUUCUGUCGGAUAGCGGGUGUCGGGUUCGACCUUGUCGUAAUGGGCGGGUGGGACCCAGACUCGUGGAAAGCGUCGAAUUCGGUUUUUAUCUACAACUUCCUGUCGGCCAAGUGGCGGCGUGGGGCCGACAUGCCGGGUGGGCCCCGCACGUUUUUCGCAUGCGCGUCGGAUCAGAACAAUCAAACGGUGUACGUCGCGGGCGGACACGACGAGGAGAAGAACGCGCUGAGGUCAGUGCUUGCGUAUGACGUGGCCAGAGACCUGUGGGUCCCUCUACCCGACAUGUCACGUGAGCGCGACGAGUGCAAGGCCGUGUUCCGCCGUGGCGCGCUUUGCGUCGUCGGAGGGUACUGCACAGAGAUGCAGGGCAGGUUCGAGCGGAGCGCGGAGGUUUUCGACGUUGCCACGUGGAAGUGGGGCCCGGUGGAGGAGGAGUUCAUGGAUGCCGCCGCGUGUCCACGCACGUUCGUCGACGGCGGGGAUGGUGCGAUGUACAUGUGCUGCGGCGGUGACGUGGUUGCGUUGCAAGGGGACACGUGGCGGAAUGUGGCGAAGGUGCCGGGUGAAAUACGGAACGUUGCGUGCGUGGGAGUGUGGGAAGGGGCAAUGCUGGUCAUUGGAUCGAGUGGGUUUGGGGAACCGCAUGUGGGCUUUGUGUUGGAUCUGAAAAGUUGGGCUUGGACUAAACUUGUGAGCCCAGAGGAGUACACUGGUCACGUUCAAUCUGGUUGCCUUUUGGAAAUUUAGUACCUCAUGUUUUUUUUUUUUUGGAAGUUAAAAUGCUGAAUAUUAUUGAUGCAUAAUACUUGAGUUUUGUUUCGGGGCGUUUGUGUAAAUACAUGAUCAUAUGAAGCAACAAUUUUGUUUCUUUGGUUGCUUUAUUUACUUACUCAAAAGCUUGAUCAUUUUAGUCUGUCGUAGCUUUUAAGGAGUUGUAGUAUAUAUGGAGUGCACAAUUACCCUUUUGUUUAGAGUUAGAACGAACAAAAGUGGAAACACGGGAUAUAGGAAAUUGCAUAUCCUAGUAGACAGCACUAGAUGUGCAGUACAGCAAGGAAAAGUGUAACAAAUGAAGAUGUUGUGCUUACACUUCAUUGAUGUUUUGCUUAAAGACAAAAAUUAAUUCGUCUUA